AUGUCCUUCUUUGAUAAGAAUACAGAUGGCAAUCUGCAACAGAACUAUGGAAACUCCGAAUCGAGUGGCGGCGUAACUCCCACGCCCAAGAGUCCAACACACGGAAUUUCGGCUCACACUGGCCGUCAGACUCCAAGCCUUUAUUACUCACGGCCACAGCCCUUUGCCACCGGUCAUGUCCACGGAGAUGCCGGCUCAGCGCGACAAAGCGUACGUAACAUCUGGGACGAUGCCAACCGGGCCGGGCCGCAGAACACGACGUCGGCCUCCACCUCUUCGAUGCCCCCGCAGAUUGUGAUUCAAGAAUUAACUGGAAACUCCGACUACGGCACCGCGAGUGUGCAGCGUAGGAUGACGUCUACGCCUGCCCACGCUCGCGGCGCUGAUCCCCAGAUGGACAUCCAGACCGGCUUUUCAAGGCUACGACUGGUCGAUUCGAUGUCUGAGCACGCCCCGACGUCGGCAGAUGUCCCGACGCGCUCCCAUGGAAACCCGUAUUCGUACGGUACGCAUACAAGUGCCACGCCCGCGAUUCUACCAACCAUGGAAACAAGGCCGCCACAGAGCCAGUUUUCCAUCUGGUCGACCUACGGCAGCCAAACGAACCCCAGCUCCUCCCGCAGUACCGAAAUCGAGUUGCUCUCGGACCCGUACGUGUCAGGCUCAGGAGAUUUACCGGUGAGAGCUGGUGCAGCAGCACUUCCCCGGCCUCGCCCAAGUUCCGAAGCCAGCUCCAACCUUACGCCGGCUCACAUGCCUCCGCCACAGCGGCAUUUCUCUACGCAGCUCAUCCCUUCCACCAUCACCAUGCGAAUUGGUCAAUAUAAACCUCCACAGCCCGCCACGCAGCCCGACCACCGCGGCCCGAGCGGUGGUGGCGGCGGCCCCGCGCUCAACCCACCGCAGCAGCCACCCCCGGGGCCUUUCCUCAUCCAGCCGCGCAACCAGGGAUUCCUCCCCAUGCACGCGGUACACUCAAGACAGGAUAUAUCGGUGAGCGCCGGCGGUGGCGGCAUGCCGCCGAUGGCUCCCCUCGGUAUGCCGCUGGCCCCGCCCAGGCAACCGGCGCCGGCGAACCGUUUCUCGGACCGGUACCACGGGAUGCACACCGAGUCCAACGCGAGCGCCGAGCACCUGACGUCCGAGCAAAACGCCAGCCUGUGGAUCACCAACCUGCCGCCGGACAUCACCCACCACGAGCUCCUCGGCCAGAUCCGGCGCGUCGGCCGCGUCUGGUGCUGCUUCAUCAACGGCCCCGACGGCGUCAAGCACGCCACCGCCGCUGCCAAGAUCGUCUUCUUCCAGCCCGCCGCCGCACAGCUGCUCCUCCAGCAGACCAGCCUCGACGGCUUGAGCGUCCGCGGGUGGCGCGCCAAGGUCGCGCCGAACCGCAUCAAGACGGGCGCGACGAUCCCGCGCGGCGGCGACGACUCGCGCGUCCUGCUGGUCACCGGCCAGGCGCACUUUGUCAACGAGCAGACGCUGACGCGGUACUUUUCGGAGCGCUUCGUGUUUCAGGUGGACGAGGUGCGGGAGCUGGCGCGCGGGGGCGCGGGGCGCGCGGUGGUCGAGUUCCGGUUCGGCAGCUACAGGUGCCAGGCGCAGAUGGGCAAGAUCUCGCUGGAGAAGGACAGGCCGCUGGGGUUCGAGAAGGCUGAGUUUGGCGAGGACCCGUGCGAGACGGGCGAGACGUGGACGUCGUACUCGAUCGCGCUGCAGCGCAUCCAAGGCCAUGGGCUGUGA